AUGGCUACCACUCUUCAACCUUCCUUCGGCCUACAACAGCCUGAAGAUUCCAUGGAAAUCUCAUCCGAGUACGGCAACAACAUGGACGCCGACAUCGAUAUUGAUCUCGAUGCCCCCGACGCCAUCGACACAAACAUGCAGUCUUUCCAGGUAGACGACCACCAAAUGCAAGAAGACCCUAGAUCCGACCGCCCAGACGAUCUUCUCAUGAUCGAUGACUCUAAUCUCGACGACACCGACCGUAUGAUGCAAGACGACGCUCCGCUUCCACAUGAGCAAGACGAAGAAUUACUAGACUUCAGCGAAGACGAAGAAGAUGUCCCUAUGAACCCUGCAGAGCCUAGUCAGGCCGACAACAUCUUCCUUGUCGCCCAAUCUGAAGCGCCUGCUCAGCAACCUGUAAUCAUCGAGGAACCUGUCGAACUUGUACAGUCUGACAUGGCCUCCGAGCUCUUGUCUGAAGGCGUCCAACCCGUCAACGUUGAAGUCCCACAAUCAGAAGACGUCUCUGAACAGCCUCGUGUUGAACAUGCCGAGAUGCAGGAGCCUGUGCCUGACCAGACCGUGACCAACGAAGACUCCCAACCGCCCGCUGACACAUCACUCGACCAAGUCGCAGUGUCAGCGCCUGAGCCUGAGUCUAAAAAAGUGACACAGCCUUCAUCUCUCGCGAAUAUCGCCGAACAGUCUGAGAUACAUGUUGAGGAGCCUGUCAUAGAGUCUACCGAGAUCCCUAGCGCAAACGACGAGAUUCUAGAAGAGAGUGCACAAGUUGUACAACAACACACGACACAAGAGCAGCACUCAGAACAAGGUAAAGAUAAUAACACCACUGGCGCUGCCCAGGAACAUGAUGAACCAUCCACUAAACGCACCUUGACUCGUCAAGAGACCGAUCUCUCGAACUACACCGUCCCUGAUGAUUACUCUCGCGAGAGGCAAGUCAACUCGCCUACCGUGACCGGCCUGCACCCCACCGUCGUUGAGUACAACGACCAUGAGGUUUACCUCUUCCCCUCAAGAGAUCCUGCUGUGCCUGAGCAGUAUUUACUGCAGAACGAGAACCUCGUGACCACUAGUCUCGGCGAUUUGCUUCAAGCUUGUCGCACUGCUCUUGGUGAUGGUAUCAGCGAAGACGAAGAGCUGGUUCUGGGUGUAGAGGAGUUGGACCUCUAUGUGAGCGAAGACUCGACACCCGCAUUCUCUACCAGCUUUUCCGAGUUGCUUGACAUAUAUCUGCAGUUGCACAAGCUUGAUGGCAACGACAACCCUCCCCCGUUCCGUGUGUCUUUGACGACCAAAAUUAGAUUUAGCAACCGCUUGGCUUCGAUCACUGAAGCCAUCUCGGAAGGCAAAGGAUUCUCACAGCUUCCCUUCUUGCAGUAUUACGACUAUGAUGUUCCCACUGAGUUGCCCGAGGAGGACUUUGACGAUGAUUUCGAUGAGCUCGCGAAGCUUGAGGAACCGCAGCAAACGCUUGAAGAGGGUGCUACUACUGUUGAAAGCGCACAAGAUGCCGCUGAGGAUGAGCAAGCCGCUAAUGAUACAUCUGCUCCUCAAGCUGAAGAGCAACAACCUGAGCCAAUUGGCUCCGCCCAAGAGGGUGAGUAUGAAGACGAAACAUUGGCCCAGCACGAUGUGCCCGCCGAUGCUGCCGACCAGUCUGAGUACAUUCAGGACGACACUCAGUACUUUGAUGCUCAAGGCGGCGAGUCUGAGCUGCUGGAUGAAAGUCACGUAGAUCAAGAAGACGUUGCUCAUGCUGAAGCUCAGUCCACCACUGGCAAUGUCGAGACCGCGGUCGGGGAUGAAAGUCACCAUGAUGACCAGAAUGCCGAAGAAAAUGCACACGCCGAAGACGCCUCUGAGCGUGCCGAGCACGAAGCAAACCCCGAGCAGCCUGUUGAAGAACAACAGGAGUACGAACCAGAAGGCGAAGAGCACGAAUUUGGCCACGGCGAGUUCUUUGACGAAGAUUACGAGUACCAAGAUGGUGAAGUACACGAAGAAGAAGGUGCUCACGCCGCCGAGGAAGAAGCAGCCAACGACGAUGGUCACCACGAAGAGGAGCAAGAGUUCGAAGCUUCUGCCAUUGAAGAACAAGAUGACAACGUGUCGCCUUCGUCUGGAGAGACUCUUCACGGCGAUCAGCUUGAAGUUGGUCAGAAUGAUGAACAAGCUACCCAGCAGAACCACAGCAGUGCUGAACAGUCCGCCGAUAAUGCUGUUGGUGAUGCAAAACAUGACAGUGGCUCAGUUGAUGGAGCUGUUGGCGAGGACAAGGUCAAGCGCCAGUCAAUCGCCGUCGAGGAUGAUGCAUAUGACGAGAUCAACUUCGAUGACGAAGACAGCUACGACGGCGAUGGCACUGAACUUGAGCCAGUACUCACAAACACGUCAAGCAAGGCAUCUCCUGGGGCCAAGCGUUCGUUCUCGGAGCUUGACCAAGUGGACGAUGAGCAAGACAGCAAGAAGGCUCGUGCCUCAUGA